AAAAAGAACAUGGCCGACCUAGACAUCCUGGAAUUGUUUCGGGCCGUUCCAUUCUUCCCCGAUGCAAAAGAUCGUGUCAACAAUGAAAUGAACCGUAUGAAGGAGGACAUGGAGAUCCUUCUCAAUACAUGGACCGUUGAAGAAAUCCGUUCAAUAUUCAACGGGCCCACACGUUAUAGGUGCCUAAUUGAGCAACUUCAAGGUGAAACUCUAACGGAAAAAUGCAGCAGUGCGUUGAGAGUUGGUGGAUUCACAUUUCUCACUGAUGCUAUUCAUCUCUGCGACUUUACGAUGGCAGAGCAUCUUAGGCUUACAAAAAUGAAUGUGUUCUCUCAUCUGAUCUCUCGUGACAACUUCUUCCGGCCGAAAAGUAAAAAUGUGGAAACCAAGCACAUCGAGCAAGAUGAUGUGAAAUUGUUCGAUCUCUUAAAACUUCCUCCGGAGAUGAUAGAGCAGAUCAUGCAACGAUCGGCUUACAAAGACGCUCAAAGUCUAGCAAUCACGUGCAGUGCUGCCAAUAACAUUUACCGACAGAAUAGUCUGAAAAUGGUGCUCCCAGAUGUCAUUUUGAUUCUUGACUUCUCCAGUGGCGAGAUGAAUGUCCGAUGGAUAUUGGAGAAAAAUCAACAAGAAAAUGAAAGCGAUCCAGACUCUGAAAAAUGCUUGAAUCAAUCCGAAGUCAACGAGAAGAAGAAAACCCAGCUGCUGCGUAACACAACUAUUUUAAAAAUUGUCACCACUGAUGAUUUCGAACCGGAAUACUGUGAAGCUGUGCACAACUUCGUUGGAUCCAGAACAUUUAAAAGAAUCAUUGUCAAGGGUUUCGAGUACACGGAGAAUUUGAAAAUGAUGGUGGAAAUGUUUGACAAAGAAGUUGUGGAGAUUGAAGUGAACGCACUAACUGACGACUUCAUUCCGUUCCCAGAUAUCAAAACCAUAUCCAUCCGCGACACUCUCAACAGGGAUCACGGAGAACGGCUCUUUUCUGCGAAGCAUUUUGUCAACAUCAAUUGUGCUCUCAACAAUAUCGACACAUUCCGAAAAGCUCUUCGUGAUUGGGAUAAUGGACACCGAGAAGUUGGUAGAUGGGUAAUUCUGAAACAAUUCACCAUCUUCCAAACACCCUUUGGUAGACGUCAUCGGCCGAAGACUUCCUUCCGAAAGGGGUAUUUGGAGUUUAUCAGUGAGCUCAACUCAUCACAAAUGCCACAUGGAGAAAUAACCGAAUACGUUUUUCACGAGACUAAUUAACAUGAUUCUUAGCGAAAAUGAAACCAACUAAUCUACUUUUAUGAGAAAAUUAUUUAUUUCUUACAUUCCCUAAAAUUUUCUAUAUAACAAUUUUUCUAUAGUUUUUUAUAACAGUUUUUUGUAAUAUUUGUUGUCACUAAUUCUUGUUCAUCUCAAAAACUAUUAGACUCCAACCCGGUUUUUUUUUCACACAGCUCAUUCCACUUCUAAGUUAUUGUUUUGUUUUGUCAAAUCUCCAAUUCCCAAGCAAAUCUAUUAUCCAGUCAUUCAUGUUGAUGAAACAAUAAACUUUGGUACACUUUU